AUGGGACGCCUUGCUUGUAUGGAGCAAUCGGAGCCCGGAAAAAGACCAGAAGACAGUCGCUACUUUCCAGCAUAUCAAGGCCGCCACUCCUCUUUGUACCCGAGCGGGACUUCUAGCAUUCCACUGCAAGUGCACAACAACCCCUCCGACGUCUCGCUGCCUCGCGUCGCUGCUUUCGAUCCGCGGUCUCGUUUGCCAGAAGGACAACGCUGCGCCUCAUCCUUCGCUGGAAUACCAUCCUUGGAGCAGAGAGCUAGAUCAUCGUAUCGGGAAUCAUCUUUCUCACCAUCCUGCGCGUCCGAAGUCAAAGAAGUUCGGAGCUCUGCCGUGUCUCCCAACCUCAGACUUCCACCCAUCCUCUCGACCAAGUCCUCCUCAGCACCGGAUACCAUCAGCAUGGCGCCCAACAAUGUCCUCCCGAUGGCACCAGUGGCAUUCAGCGGAUACCAGGAGGAUCACAGUAAAGCUUCGCUCUUGGACAUGAAGUUGGCUUACGAAAAUAUGAUGGUCAGCUAUUUCAUGCCACAAACCAUCAAAUCUGAAAAUGCUCCCAUUCCAAACAAACAGCUACCAGGACAAAUACCAGCAGAACAAAAUGAAGCUUACGUCCCAUGUGGUUAUGUUGGAGGUUAUCCUAUUACAUCCAUGAAUGAACUCGUCAAGAACUGUCCUUGCGAUGACGAUUACUGUGUCUUACAAAAUAUUACUUCGAAUAAUAACUUUCAGAAAGGGCAUCAGAAAACCAGUUCCGAGAACAAAUCAUGUGACAUCAGAAAACAAUUCAUUGGAAGUGCUUGUGGGAGGCAGCUAACUACGCAGCAGUCAAGUGUUAAUCAUCAUACUGCAAUGGACGUAACACCCUCAGGCUGCACAGUGCUAGACCGAGGCAAUAUCCCUCCAUACCACCAGACAACUUUGAACUCUACAAAUGGCGGCCAGGUAUUCUCAGAACAAAAGUGUUCCGACUCAUCCGUUAUCGUUCCAUCAGAAUCAUCAAAUGCAAUUCCAUCCUCCGCGGCGCAAGCGUCAAUGUCAGCAGGCGAGGACCAAACUUCAACUUCUGGCGACGUAUCUGCAGUACUAAACGAACUAUCGCUGCUCAUGCCACCGCAGCACAGUGAACAAUUAAGUGGUGUUUAUCAAGCCAACAACAUCACGACUUCCUUUUCAUCUGCGACAACAGCAACUUUUGUAAAUACUACAUCAUCGGUAAAAAAUUCCGUGUCAAACUAUCAGUACCAAAACAGAUCUGAUUCAACGUGGGGUCGAUUUUCAGUUUUGCCUCCCGUCAUGUCCAGUGCCACGCCCUUAGGAGGAUGUCAACACGACGGGGAUAACAUCUCCGUUCUAAGUUACAACGCUUUCCCAAACAACGCACAAAAUUCUCCACAGAUGGGGAUGUAUUAUACUCCAUUUUCGCCAUUUUCUGUAAAUUUUCCUGACAAUAUCUCUUCGGCUUUAGCAUCAAGUCCGCGCUAUUCUGGACGAUCGUCCUAUUCUGGCAAAGGAUCUCGCAACAAAAGAGCUUUAUCGAACUCUCCAUUAUCCGCAGAAGGCAUCGAUUUGAACUCCAUCAUCAGAAUGUCGCCCACAUCACUCAUCGCAUACAUCAACGGUUCGCGUAGUUCAUCCUCAUGUGUUUCUCCCGGUUCUGCUGGUGACAGAACUGGUUGCUACGGGCAUUUAUCCGCGAGAAACAGCAGUUCCAGUCCCAAUUCCGGAUCCAACUCGUCCAGCAACAGGCGGAGUACGUCAUACACGCCGCAAACCGCCACCCCAGGGAUGAGCAACAGUCGCAGCAAUCCCAGCAACGGGACAAGCGACAACAGCAACGUCUCAGAGGCUUGUUGCAGCAACGAAAACAUCAAAAACGAUUACAUGGCGAUGGACGACAGUCUGCUAGUCAUGCAAGCCAUGCAAGAGCUGGAAGCAGGAGCAGCGAUGGUCGGCAAUGGUAAUACCGGUUUUCCCUUCUGCAGCAACAUGAUGAUGCACCAAAUGAUACCUGAAUCCGAGAAUCUCCAAGUAUUACCACAAGACAUCGCCGCUUUCACGACAGAAGACUUCAUUCCUUUCAUUCCGUCUGUCCUCCCACCAGUACACACUCAUUUGCAAUCUCACUAUCCGCCGGCUUCAUCUCAACCCCUGCAGACUGUAAGUCACAACAAGCCACCUCCGACGUACGACCAGCAUAUGGCUAGGAAAGCGACUUUGCAGAAAAACAGUUCUUCCGAAAGCAGCCAACCUUCGAACUCUUCCAGUUUCGAGAGUUCCGAAGGUGACAAGACGGUCGCUGGCAGCGGUACGGAUACAGAGACGAAUCGCAUGUACGCUUGUAGGUGGCUGGAGUGCACUGCGGUGUUUCAGGACCAAGACGAGUUCGUAACGCACAUUGAGAAAGCUCACAUUGACCAGAAGAAAGGUGACGAGUUUGUUUGUUACUGGAAGCUCUGCCCUCGUCGACUUCAUCCAUUCAACGCCAGGUACAAGCUGCUAGUCCACAUGAGGGUUCAUUCGGGAGAUAAACCUAACAAAUGCACGUAUGCAGGGUGUAAAAAGGCUUUCUCGAGACUGGAAAACUUGAAGAUUCACCUGCGGUCCCAUACUGGGGAGAGGCCUUACUCUUGCACAUACCCGGGCUGCACGAAGACCUUCAGCAAUUCUUCAGAUCGAACGAAGCAUCAGAAAACACAUCAUGACACGAAACCUUACGUUUGUCAAGUUGCUGGUUGCGGGAAACGGUACACAGAUCCAAGUUCUCUUCGGAAGCACGUCAAGAAAAGUCAUCCUGACAAGAAAGAGCCAGAUCGAAAAAAGAUUCGAGGUGGAGCUGAAGAAAUGGAUCCCAAAGACCUGAACGAGUGCCUGAUGAUCCAAGCGAUCAAGCCAAUCAGCUUGUGCGACGCCUCCCCUCCAGAGCCGACAGAUAGCGGGCUGGGCCGAUCCCCGAGGAGCUCACAGCCAGGAUCUUCUUCGGAUCACUACCCAGGUUUAAUCUACACCGGUGAAGCCCCAGGUCGAAGCGAGACAGCCCAAGGAAGCAGUUGCCACACGUCACCAUCUAGUCAUCACAGCAGUCCUCCAGUUCAAAUAGAGCGCGACAAGCUACCGGCGAACAACAACAGUCUUCGUGUUCCAGUCCUCCCGCCCAUCACGCCAGUGCCUCCACAAAAGCAAGGCCUCGGUGUCCACAUUCAUGGACAUGCGUCAAAAAUGCGCACAUCGCCAAAUGCUCCAUCCGUGAUACCACGUGAAUUCGACGGUAGGGGAGGUUCAACUCUAUUGCAAGAUCCCCUCCAUCACGUGACUGGCGUUUACUCGUCCUGUUCGGGGAGAUCCGGAUACAAAUCCACCGAUUUGACGAUUCCAUCAAUUUUGAACCCACCUUCGAGGUAUGAAAAGGAACACUCUUGAUAGCGUUCUAAGAAGAGGAAAUUUAGACGAAGCGCAAAAGAUACUGCUGGACAGAAUUUUGCCGCUGAAAUGGAAUGACGACGAAGGACGAAGAAAAAAAUUCGCCCUCCAAAGACUUUUAUGCACAAUAUACAGUUCGUCAAAAGGGAUCAAAAUAGAACUAUUUUAUAAUAAAGAGCUUUGAAACUUAAUUAUCAGCUGUAUUUAAUUUUUAUUCAUCAGAUGUAAUAGUCUAAAGCUCACGUUCAUCGAACUGUUUUUUACAGUGUGCCCAUAAUUGUUAUACCAUAGUUUUACAUUGGUAAUACGAAACAUUAUUGGAAACGUUGAG